AUGAGGAGACUGAGUUUGUGGUGGCUGCUGAGCAGGGUCUGUCUGCUGCUGCCGCCGCCCUGCGCACUGGUGCUGGCCGGGGUGCCCGGCUCCUCCUCGCACCCGCAACCCUGCCAGAUCCUCAAGCGCAUCGGACACGCGGUGAGGGUGGGCGCGGUGCACUUGCAGCCCUGGACCACGGCCCCCCGCACGGCCAGCCGCGCCCCGGACGGCAGCCGGACAGGCGCCCAGCGAGAUGAACCUGAGCCAGGGACUUGGCGGCCCCCGGCGCCCUCGCCGGGCGCACGCUGGUUGGGGAGCGCCCUGUAUGGCCGGGGGCCGCCGGGCGCACGGAAGCCCGGGGAGGGCCACCGGGCCGAGACCCUGUGGCCUCGGGAUGCCCUUCUCUUCGCCGUGGACAACCUGAACCGAGUGGAAGGGCUGCUGCCCUACAACCUGUCUUUGGAAGUAGUGAUGGCCAUCGAGGCGGGCCUGGGCGAUCUGCCGCUCUUGCCCUUCUCCUCCCCUAGCUCGCCGUGGAGCAGUGACCCUUUCUCCUUUCUGCAGAGCGUGUGUCACACCGUGGUGGUGCAAGGGGUAUCGGCGCUGCUCGCCUUCCCUCAGGGCCUGGGCGAGAUGAUGGAGCUCGACUUGGUCAGCUCCGUCCUGCACAUUCCAGUUAUCAGCAUCGUGCGCCACGAGUUUCCGCGGGAGAGUCAGAAUCCCCUUCACCUCCAACUGAGUUUAGAAAAUUCAUUAAGUUCUGAUGCUGAUGUCACUGUCUCAAUCCUGACCAUGAACAACUGGUACAAUUUUAGCUUGUUGCUGUGCCAGGAAGACUGGAACAUCACCGACUUCCUCGUCCUUACCCAGAAUAAUUCCAAGUUCCACCUGGGCUCUAUCAUCAACAUCACCAUCAACCUCUCCUCCACUGAGGACCUCUUGAGCUUCCUGCAGGUCCAGCUUGAGAGCGUUAAGAACAGUACACCCACAAUGGUGAUGUUUGGCUGCGACAUGGAAAGUAUCCGGCGGAUUUUCGAAAUUACCACCCAGUUUGGGGUAGCACCCCCUGAGCUUCAUUGGGUGCUGGGGGAUUCCCAGAAUGUUGAGCAACUGAGGACAGAAGGUCUGCCCUUAGGGCUCAUUGCUCAUGGAAAAACAACACAGUCUGUCUUUGAGUACUAUGUACAAGAUGCCAUGGAACUGGUUGCAAGAGCUGUAGCCACAGCCACCAUGAUCCAGCCAGAACUUGCUCUCAUUCCCAGCACGAUGAACUGCAUGGAUGUGGAAACAGCAAAUCUCACUUCAGGACAAUAUUUAUCAAGGUUUCUCGCCAACACCACUUUCAGAGGCCUCAGUGGUUCCAUCAAAGUAAAAGGUUCCACUAUCAUCAGCUCAGAAAACAACUUUUUUAUCUGGAAUCUGCAACAUGACCCCCUGGGAAAGCCAAUGUGGACACGCUUGGGCAGCUGGCAGCAGGGGAAGAUUAUCAUGGACUAUGGAAUAUGGCCAGAGCAAGCCCAGAGGCACAAAACCCACUUCCAACACCCAAGUAAGCUACACUUGCGAGUGGUUACUUUGAUCGAGCAUCCAUUUGUCUUCACACGGGAGGUAGAUGAUGAAGGCUUGUGCCCUGCUGGCCAGCUCUGUCUAGACCCCAUGACUAAUGAUUCUUCCAUAUUGGACAGCCUUUUUAGCAGCCUUCAUAGCAGUAAUGAUACAGUGCCCAUCAAAUUCAAGAAGUGCUGCUAUGGAUAUUGUAUUGAUCUGCUGGAAAAGCUAGCAGAAGACAUGAACUUUGACUUUGAUCUCUAUAUUGUUGGGGAUGGCAAAUAUGGAGCCUGGAAAAAUGGGCACUGGACUGGGCUGGUGGGUGAACUCCUCAGUGGGUCAGCCCACAUGGCAGUCACUUCCUUCAGCAUUAAUACUGCACGAAGCCAGGUGAUAGAUUUCACCAGUCCUUUCUUCUCCACCAGCUUGGGCAUCUUAGUGAGGACCCGAGACACAGCAGCUCCCAUUGGAGCCUUCAUGUGGCCACUCCAUUGGACAAUGUGGCUGGGGAUUUUUGUGGCUCUGCACAUCACUGCCAUCUUCCUCACUCUCUAUGAAUGGAAGAGCCCCUUUGGUAUGACUCCCAAGGGGCGAAAUAGAAGUAAAGUUUUCUCCUUCUCUUCAGCCUUGAAUGUCUGUUAUGCCCUCUUGUUUGGUAGAACAGCAGCCAUCAAACCCCCAAAAUGCUGGACUGGAAGGUUUCUGAUGAACCUUUGGGCCAUUUUCUGUAUGUUUUGUCUUUCUACAUACACGGCGAAUUUGGCUGCUGUCAUGGUAGGUGAGAAGAUCUAUGAAGAGCUUUCUGGAAUACAUGACCCUAAGCUACAUCAUCCCUCUCACGGUUUCCGCUUUGGAACUGUCCGGGAAAGCAGUGCUGAAGAUUAUGUGAGGCAAAGCUUCCCAGAGAUGCAUGAGUAUAUGAGAAGAUACAAUGUACCAGUCACACCCGAUGGAGUGGAGUAUCUGAAGAAUGAUCCAGAGAAACUAGAUGCCUUCAUCAUGGACAAAGCCCUUCUGGAUUAUGAAGUGUCAGUAGAUGCUGACUGCAAACUUCUAACUGUGGGGAAGCCAUUUGCCAUGGAAGGAUACGGCAUUGGUCUCCCUCCCAACUCUCCUUUGACCUCCAAUAUAUCCGAGCUAAUCAGUCAAUACAAGUCACAUGGGUUUAUGGAUAUGCUACAUGACAAGUGGUACAAGGUGGUUCCCUGUGGCAAGAGAAGUUUCGCUGUCACUGAGACUUUGCAAAUGGGCAUCAAACACUUCUCUGGACUCUUUGUGCUGCUGUGCAUUGGAUUUGGUCUCUCCAUCUUGACCACCAUUGGUGAGCACAUAGUGUACAGGCUGCUGCUCCCACGCAUCAAGAACAAAUCUAGGCUGCAAUACUGGCUCCACACCAGUCAGAGAUUACAUAGAGCACUAAAUACAUCAUUCGUAGAGGAAAAGCGGCAGCGUUUCAAGACUAAGCGUGUGGAAAAGAGGUCCAAUGUGGGACCCUGUCAGCUCACUGUGUGGAAUACGUCCAAUCUGAGUCAUGACAAUCGACGAAAAUACAUCUUCAGUGAUGAGGGGGGACAAAACCAGCUGAGCCUCCGGACCCACCAAGACAUCCCUCUCCCACCAAGAAGAAGAGAGCUUCCUGCCUCGCUGACCACCAAUGGGAAAGCAGACUCCCUAAAUGGGGCUCAGAACUCAGUGAUGCAGGAGCUCUCAGAGCUGGAGAAGCAGAUUCAGGUGAUCCAGCAAGAGCUGCAGCUGGCUGUGAGCAGGAAAACAGAGCUGGAAGAGUACCAAAGGACAAAUCGGACUUGUGAGCCCUAAGUGGCCACGCU